GCCCCCAUCUUUUGUAUCCAUAAAUAAGAGAUGAAUGACUGGAUGUCAUGAACCGACCGGUUAAUCUUGGAAAGAGUCAGACAGAGCUCAGAGUCGGAUGAUGGAUUUGAAACCGGUUCUCAUCUUCGUACUGUUCAUCGUGCCCAUGUGGUCGUCCAAGAUGUUCCGGUGCUAUAACGACGAGGAGCUACAGGCAGCGGCGGACAGGAAGCUGAGGACGCACUACCUGCGGGCCACAGAGGCUCCGCGGACAACGGCUCACAGCUCAUCUUACUCUUGUCCCCUGGAUCUUUACAAGAGGCAGCUGUCAGAGGAGCAGCGAGACAGGUCUCUGUCCCCCUGGAGAUUCGUAACUCACAUCAAGGAAGAUCACUUUCCUUCGACAUAUGUUGCUGCUCAGUGCCUGUGUUCAGGAUGCAUCCAGCUCAAAAACAGUGAAGUGAUUGAGGACUAUGACUACAACUCAGUUCCCAUCGUUCAGAACAGAGUGUUUCUCAAAAAGGAGCUUUGUGACGAUAAGAAGACUUACCGUCUGAGGCCAGUGAAUGUGGAAGUAGCUGUGGGGUGUACCUGUGUCAGACCCCAGAGUUCCUAGGGGAGAACCAUCCAGACCUGCUAUCACAUGACACGCAUAAAAUGCAUGAAGUUCAUGAAAUGCACCAAGUCUAAUCAGCGGUGUGAAGUCCUGCAGCAUGCUCAUAGUGAGCAUGCUGUGACUUAGAAGGAUCAUCGCUGGGAAUAUUUAAUGCGGCUUCAAAAGUCACACAAGCCUAUUUAUACACCUAGCUAUUUUCUGUUUAUUUAUCAAUAAUAUGUUUUGUAGAUGUUUGCUCUCUUAGUUUUGUUUACAGACUCCUGCAUAGUGCAGUAAAUGUAAUCUGGGUAUUUUAUUACUUGAUUUAAUUCAUAUUGAUGACCUUCUCAUUGAAAAAAGCUAUUAUAUAGUUUUGUUACAUAACAAUUGAACUGUUAAUGGUAUUUGAAGAAUGAUCUAUUUAUUUGGUCUGCUA